AUGGAUGGAAGCCGGUUGAGGGCAGCCGAGAGACGAGCUGAUGGGCAAGACAACGUGCGGGACACGGAACUGGUUCUUGCCGCAGGUCUGGUCCUGAGGAGGCCGAUAUCGCUAGUGAACGAUGGGCAUCAGAAGAGAAACGACAUGGAGCGGCACCAGGAGGGCGGACAGGACGAGGACGGCGGCCAAGAGCGCCCAGGGCCGGUAUAA